UCCCCCUCACCCCUUUUUAUACCAGCGCUCUCUCUUCAUCAGGACAUCUUAGAGAUAAACAUGCUGGUCUGGAUAGUGUGCGCAGCUUUGAUUUUAGGUGGCCUUUUACUCCGCCAUCCUUACUUCUUCCAGGAUGUUCAAUAUGUGCUCUAUAAAAUAAAAGUAAGGCGCUUCAUCUUAAAGUGCAUGCGGACUAAUUACUUAAUCCUGGACCGGUUUUUAGACUUGGUGAAGACGCAGCCGCACAAGCUUUUCAUUUACUUUAAGGACGAAACGUUCACGUACCGGGAUGCAGAUCUCCUGAGCAACAAAGCCGCCAGAGCGCUUUUGCAGUCUGGAUGCAUAAAAGAAGGUGACACGGUGGCGCUGUUCCUGGAGAACCAGCCGAUGUUCCUGUGGCUCUGGCUGGCUUUGGUGAAGAUUGGAUGUUCCGGGACUUUGCUCAACAACAACAUCAGGUCCAAGUCUCUGUUACACUGCCUCAACUGCAGCGGAGCCAAAACUCUGGUAGCAGCUGAAGAGUUACUGGAUGCAGUGAAGGAGGUCCUGCCCCAUCUGCUCGAACAGCAGGUCACUGUUUUCAUCUUAACUGACAGAUGCAAAACUGCAGGUUUGGAGAGCUUCAAAGACAAAAUGAAUGAGGCUUCCUCUGAGCCUCUACCCAAGGCAUUGAGGUCACAUUUGACCCUGCAGAGUCCAGCAGUCUACAUAUACACCUCAGGAACAACAGGUCUUCCUAAAGCAGCUGUGGUCACUCAUGGCAAACUGUGGAGCUUGUCUUUACUUCUGGCUAUAUCAGGAGUGGACUCCAAAGAUGUGAUUUAUAAUAGCCUCCCUCUAUAUCACAGCACCGGCCUCCUCGUCUUCACUGGGGCCAUUGAGAGAGGUAUUCCUGUUGUUUUGAGGAGUAAAUUUUCUACUUCUCAGUUCUGGGACGACUGUAGAAAAUAUAACGUCACUGUUAUACAGUACAUAGGAGAAAUUAUGCGUUAUCUCUGCAACACCCCACAGAAACUCAGUGAUAAAAACCACAAAGUCAGACUUGCAAUAGGCAACGGGAUGAGAGCAGAUGUUUGGAGGGACUUUGUAAGACGGUUUGGAGACAUUCAAAUCAGAGAAUUUUACGGAGCGACUGAGGGGAACUUUUCUCUGUUGAAUUAUAGCGGCAAGGUGGGAGCUAUUGGGCGAGACACCUUCCUGAACAAGUGGCUUUUUCCAUAUGCUGUGAUCAAAUAUGAUAUAGACAAAGGAGAGCCUUUGAGGGAUUCAUCUGGUUUCUGCAUAGAGGCUGCCAAAGGUGAACCUGGACUUCUGGUGACUGAAAUAACAGCAAAAUCUCCAUUUGUUGGUUAUGCGAGAGACUUGCAGCAAACUGAGAAAAAGAAGCUGCAUAAUGUCUUCAAGAAAGGUGAUCUGUACUUCAACACCGGCGACCUGCUGCACAUCGAUGAGGAUAAUUUCAUUUACUUCAGUGAUCGUGUUGGAGACACGUUCAGAUGGAAAGGAGAGAACGUAGCUACAGCUGAGGUGGCUGACAUCCUCACACUGGCUGACUGCAUUAAAGAGGCCAAUGUUUAUGGAGUCAAAGUGCCAGGUCAGGAGGGAAGAGCUGGGAUGGCUGCUGUUACUUUAGGAGAAGGACUGAAGUUUGACUCCUCAGCUGUUUUUAAACAUGUUGAGAACUUCCUGCCGACCUACGCCAGGCCACGCUUUAUCAGGAUUCAAGUGUCACUGGAUGUUACAGGCACAUUCAAGCUAAUAAAGACGAAACUGGUGGAGCAGGGCUUCAACACAAAUGAAAUAACAGACCGGCUCUACUUUCUGAAUGAAAAAGAGAAGAAUUACACUCCACUCACACCAGAUGUAUUUGAUUCAGUUAUAGCAGGAAGCAUCAAAAUCUAAUUUUAAAGCACAAAAAAAUCCACCUUUUCAUAUUAGGGGAUCACUUUAAUGAGUGUGUUGGCUGCACAUUUUAAUGACAAGGUGUAAAAACAUUUUUUUCUGUCUUUUCCUCCAUAAUUUUAUUUUAGCUGGGAUUUUAUGCACACCCCCAAAAUGAUUUUUCCUCCUCAGGCUAACAUGUUUGAGCUUGAUGCACCGAGCUGUGAGUGUAGUGAUGGUUUCACUCAGCAAGUUUUUCUAGUUGAUUAAACUGAUUGCUGUGAGCUUUCUUGCUGCAUUGCAUUCUGGUCCGUGUAGGCUGUUGGCAGUGUGGGAGCGAGUAUAUAUUUCUAUCAUUCAUUUGUUGUUUUGCCCUCUUUAUAGCUUCGGUACAAUUUAAGCUGCUCUUCUCUAUUAAAUAAAGUCUAUUUCUAUUUUUAUUUUUAAUAAGUGAACAG